AUGACCAAAAGAAACAACAAUAUCAAAGCUACUCAGGCUCAUGCAGCUCGUUGGCCCAAUAAGCCCACUUCUCCGUCUCGUUCACAAGCAGAGCAUAGCCCCAUCAUUGAUGCUGAACACGAAGGCUCAAGUGUGCAUGACAUGGGGUCACACAGCACAGCACAUGUCCCGAUAGAAAUUGACUUGGACGACAACUUGGAGUCUGACUGUGGAUACCUGGGUGGUGUCAAUGCAGAUUACUCAGGCAGUGAUUCGGAAUAUGAACCGGACACAUCAGAGAGCAAAUGGUCUGACGAUGAAAGCCUUUGUGAAUUUGGGGGCAAUGAUUUGGAGGAAAACUUGGCUGCUCUCAGAGCCGAGGCUGAAAGUUUUCAUGGUCACCCAAUGCCAACUAUUCCCAUGUUCGAGAAGAAGACAGCGGUAGAAUGGGAGAAGGCAGAAUGGAACAGGGCACUUGGAUAUAAUGGCCACUCGGGCCAAACAAAGGGGAGGCAUGACAAGGCUGCAAGAGAGCUUGUGGAGUACCGUGAAAAGAGGAAAACAUUGUGA